UCCUUAUCCUUAUCCCAUCAUUCAAACCCUUUUGGACCCUCGCCUCCUAUUAACAGCCUUUCCUUCUUUUCAUCUAAUAAUUAUCUAAUUCAUCUCAUCCGAAGCUUCCUUCGAAAAGCGCACACGUUCCUUUAUCCCCGGUAUUACCCCUAACUCUUGAUAUAAUAAAACCAAACCAGCCAUGGGUACGAGGCGGAAACGCCAGGCUUCGACAUGUCACUCUGCUGGCAGAGUGACAGCUCAACUACUCUUGUCGUUUCUCGCCAUAUCCGCCUCUCCAACGGCCGCGAGCCUCCAAAACCAAGAGGCAACCUUCCCGGACACGCCCUUACUCACGCCCUUGAUACCAGAACCGCCGCAGCCGGCCGAGCAUACCUUCACCCUACGUCACAUAUUCCAUCAUGGAACAUACCGCCAUCCUGGGCUUCACCGAAGGAAAGAUAUCCUCGGGCCAGAAGCCGAGGUAUGGUUGGCUGGUGAAGACGGACACGCCGCGGAGCGGAUAUUACCUUUAAAAGCAAAGAGUCAACCUAGCAAGAUUGAGCGUUUGGUCGAUCGACGGCCGAGUGUCGUGGAUCCGUUGGUGGCCGAGGCCCGCCAACGCGGUUAUGUCAUUGCGAGUAGCCCAUCUGCAUGGGCUGUCGACGACGUCCCAGGACCCGACGUCACCGAUAAAGAAACUGUCCUGACCAUGGCAUUGAUCGCGUCCGAUGCAUAUGUAGAGAAGCCUGGUAUGCCGGACUGGGACGAAGUUGGGGAGCCAUUCAACAGGAGCGCCGAUUUUGGCUGGGAGAGCGACGGGCUCAGGGGGCAUAUCUGGGCUGACGAGAAUAAUUCUACUAUUGUCAUUGGUCUCAAGGGAACGUCACCGGCUGUUUUCGAUGGAGAGGGUACAACCACUAAUGACAAAAUCAAUGAUAACCUCUUCUUUAGCUGCUGCUGCGCCCAGCAAGGUCAAUGGUCGUGGCAUCAAGUCUGCGACUGUGCAACCAGCACGUAUAGUUGCAAUAAUACCUGCGUAAAGACCGCUUUACGAGAAGAAAACCGGUACUACCAGGCAGUGAGAGAGUUGUACGCAAAUGUCACCGAGAUUUACCCAGAAUCAAAUGUCUGGGUUUCCGGUCAUUCGUUGGGUGGAGCAGUUAGCUCCCUUCUUGGUCUAACAUAUGGCCUUCCUGUCGUGACAUUUGAGGCUGUCCCUGAGGCGUUGGCAGCUGGAAGGCUGGGUCUUCCUGUUCCACCGCAUGCAGACCCCAGCUUUCCUCAGACGCGGCAGUAUACGGGAACGUACCACUUCGGACAUACGGCCGAUCCUAUUUACAUAGGAACCUGCAAUGGCGCGACCGCCUCGUGUUCCUUCGCGGGAUAUGCGCUGGAGUCAGCCUGUCAUACGGGCUACGAGUGCACCUACGACACGGUUGCCGACCAUGGCUGGCGAGUAGGUAUCGGGACUCACAAGAUACGAUCUGUGAUCAACGAUGUUAUUCGAAAGUAUGACGACGUUCCCGAGUGCAAGUCCACUCCCGACUGCAGGGACUGCGCGAACUGGAAAAUGUACGAGAGUAAUAGCACGGAUGGGACGACUUCCUCUAGCAGUACUACGACGACUAAAACACGUACCCGAACAGCUACCUGCCAAACUCCCGGAUGGUGGGGCUGUCUUGACGAGACUACCACAACAGGUACACCCAGCACUACCACCACGAGCAGCUCGACCUCGACCUGCAAGACCCCGGGAUGGUUCGGCUGCAAGGACGAGACUACGACUACUACUACUAGCACCACGUCUACUUCCACGUCCGUCACCACGACCUCAACUACCACCUGCGAAACGCCGGGAUGGUGGGGAUGUAAGGACAAAACGACUUCGAUCACCAGCACUACUACUAGUACUACCACUGCGACAUCUCAGGCCCAUCUUAUCACUUCACCGCCCCCCACGCCUACGUCCGUCGCGCCCACCCCUGCUCCGACGUCCUCGCGCUGCGUGGAGCGGAACUGGGUCGGCGUGUGCAAGGGGUGGGAGAAGUGCACUACGAACGGUGCCGGGGCCGUCGUGUGCGAGGAGUGGGCGGAUGACGAGAUAUAGGUGCGGCUUAUGUUAGGGGUUAGGUGGUAGGGAGGGAGGG